GCACUGCUUCCACCAGAUGGCAGAUGGCGUGCUUUACAGACAAAAGUCAAGCUAGGAGAAAAUUAAUUUUUCCUGUAGUUGAAGAAUUUCUGUUUGUGUGAUAUUUGUGUUUUUUCGUGUUGAUGUGCAACUAACUAAUAUACUAAUAUAGAGAAUUGAAAUGGAGGAUAAGAACGUAAUUCCCGAAAUCGUCCGAGUCGAUAUCAAAACAGAAAUAGUGAAAGAAGAACCUAUAGAAGCUGAGGACUCCUUCGUCGAGUGUGAAACGUGUAAAGAAAACUCUACUAGUGAAAAAGACUGCGCGCACCGCCCCAGUGAUAGGUUAGGAUUGCCACGGGGCGAAUGCCGAACAAACGUUUCAGAUCCCGAAGAGGAUGUGAAACCCAAAGUGGAGCCCGAUGACAGAGAAAGCCUGUCAGACGAUUUGAUAGACAAACUAAUAGAAUCAGGAGUAACAGAGAAAGAGGAAAACUAUCACGAUGUACCAGAGAUUUUGCCGGAGGAUACAGACUUCCUUCGGACUGAAAUCAAAAUGGAAGAGGUCGAUAUCGACAGUGUCAAAGACGAACUUGACAAUAACGAGGCGAGUAUCAGCUCGGAAGCAUUAGGACAGGAGGAAGAUAGUAAUGAAAAUCCCAAGCCAGGGCCCUCCGAAGAAGCCAAGAAAGUUUUCAAGAUACCUUCGAAUAAUGCAGAGAAAUGUAAAAAUUAUCGCAACCGAAAAAAGAAAGAUGCAGCUCUAAAAAUAAAAACUUCAAAAACAUCUGCAGAAAGGUCUCGGACGUAUAGGCGGCGGAAAAAACAACUUGCUCAAGGAAGUAAAUUAUCUGCGAAUGAAGUUUUGGAUACUCCAUCAACUUCGAAUUCGCAAACGACGUUAGAACCAUCGUCUCAGCCUGUUACUACCGAUAAUGCAGGGAAGGAGACACUUGGUCCCAUUUUCUUUUCGAAGUCUCUCACUAGAAUUUACAACUUGCAACUUCACAGGAAAUUCCAAAACGGGAAGAAACCGUAUGAGUGUCAGGUCUGUUUGAAAUCUUUUUCCGACUCUUCCACUCUGGUGGCACACACAAGAAUCCAUACUGGAGAGAAACCGUUUCAGUGUAAAUUCUGUCCGAAAGCUUUCUCUCAGCACAGCAACGCCUCGACCCACGAGAGAAUCCAUAAGGCAGAGAAACCCUAUAAGUGUGACGUGUGCUCGAAAGCAUUCACCCAUCAAGGCAGCUUGAGGAAUCACUCGAAGAUCCAUUCGGAUGAGAAACCUUUUCAGUGCGAACUCUGUCCGAAAGCUUUCAAGUGGAGUAACUCAUAUAAAUUGCAUCUACGAGUUCAUACUGGAGAGAAACCCUUUACAUGCGGGGUCUGUUCCAAGUCUUUCGCUUCUGCAUCCUACUUUAAAACGCACGAGGAAAUUCACAGAUGGGAAUAAUCCUUCCGUUGUAGUAUUUAUUUUUUUAAGAAAGUUUUUCUCAAAGUGAAUAACUCGCGAGUGAAAAAAUGUGAUUUGGUGAAGAAGUCGAUUUUCACUAUAAAAUUUUACCCUGUCAUGAAGUAUUUUAGACAUUUAAAAGUACCGGGACUGGUUUCAGUAUUUAUAAGAAACGUCUGACAUUUCCAAGGAGCCACUGUCAAUUUUUUUUGCUGCUGUAACAUUAUAGCAUAAGUAAUGGUCUAUAACAGUAUACUAGGCAGUCUGUUCUCAAUAUUUGUCUUUAAACGAUCAGUUGAAAUGCAAUUUCGUAUACUUUGGGUACAAAGUUUUUGUUCCCGACCACAAUUAACAGGACAGUCACUUUUUGAAGAGAGAACAAUUAUGCAAGGUGGUAGAAAAACUCUGGAUUUUGAAGACUUGAACGUUUAAAUGACAAUAAAACUUGAAUAUAGGAUAAAGAAAAUAAGUUUUGUCUGAUUUCAAAACUCUCAAUGAUCAACUAAAACUUUACAGCUCUCCCCUUCGAAUUUGUGAAUUAUAACAACUAGUUUAGGAUUCAUUGGCACCUCGAAAAAUCUACAGGUAGGUUUUAGGGAAUCAAUAGUUGGUAAUCCUUAUAUAAUAAUAAUAAUAAUGUCGCCUUUAUUAUUUUAUAAACAAAACAAAUAAACAGAACAAAAAUAAAACUGUGAUUGUUACAUAUAAUGAUAUUAUAUUGUAAAUAGGAAUAAACACCUUACCUAAAGAGUUUAGUUUAACUAUUCCUUACAAGAUAUCAAUAAUUUAAUUUGAUUUCAGUGGAACAAAUAGUCUUUAUAGUAUAUAGUAUUGGUAUUGAUAAUACAGGUAAGAUUUGUUGUUUCAGAUACCUGCCUAUAUCAUAGUUUAUUUAAGGACUUGUUUUGACAAAAUGUAUUAGUUUACUUGAGAACGGUUUAACAAACCAAAACCGGUCGUAAUAAAUGAUAAACUUAGUGGAAAUCAGACAAAAUUUAUUUUCUUCAUCCUAUAUUUGAUAUGAAUCUCUACAAAAUAAAUAGUUCAUCAAAUGAACAAUAAAACUUGAUACAUUCAAGUCA